GUCAAGUUUGCUUUGCUCAGGCGGAACUUGGGACACAUUUAUUUUGAAAUACAGAGACCGAAAUACAGAGACCGGAGAGAGAGAGAGAGAGAGAGAGAGAGAGAGAGAGAGAGAGAGAGAGAGAGAGAGAGAGAGAGAGAGAGAGAGAGAGACGACUGACUGACUGACUGGCCUACCCUUGCAUGCGCCUUGUCUAACAUGUAGACGCGUAGAGAGGGAAAGAGAGUACAGGGCAUAGGAUUCAGGAGGAGAGGAGAACAGGAUAGUAUCAAAGUGUGAGAGCAGCCUCUAUCAUCUGAUCCACCGAGCAGCAUCACGUCGCCUACUGCUCAACACCCGCGACUCCGCAUCGCCACUGCUGCAUCUCAGUAAGGCCUGUUCUUCCUGUGAGAUAAGGGGAAACCAUCUGAAGCCAUCUGCUCCUGAUCUGAUUGUGAUCCUGUUGUAAUCCAGCUGGGUCCAGGAAAAUGGAGCAUUUGAUGUGUCUGCUGGUCCUCAGCUCAGUGGUUCUAAAGGAAGCUGCUGGUGGCGAUGUGUGUGUGUCGGGUCAUGACAGUGGGCCAGUGUUUGAAGAACAGCCAAGCAGUUCAAUUUACCCAGAGGGCCUGAGUGAAGGGAAAGUUACCCUCAGCUGUCAAGCCAGAGCCAGUCCAGCUGCUUCCUACAGAUGGCUUGUGAAUGGCACGGAUGUCCCACUUGGUUUGGACCUGCGCUAUACCCUUGUGGCUGGUAACCUGGUGAUCAGCAGCCCUGAGUCUUUUCGAGACACAGGCUCCUACCAAUGUCUGGCCAUCAACCGUUGUGGAAUUAUCAUCAGCAGAGCAGCAAACCUCAAAUUUGGCUACGUCCACGACUUCCCUCCUGACAGCAGGAGUCCGCAGACAGCAUAUGAGGGUAUGGGAACAUUCUUGGCCUGCCAGCCACCUCCACAUUACCCAGCUCUGUCCUACCGCUGGUUCAUCAAUGAGUUUCCCAACUUCAUCAAGAAAGAAAAUAGCCGUUGGUUUGUGUCGCAGCUCACGGGGAACCUGUAUGUGGCUAAAGCAGAGCCAAAUGACACAGGGAACUACUUCUGCUUCACCACUAUCAACAUGGAAAUCAGCACCAAGAGCACCUUCAGCAAAGCCAACCAGCUCACUGUUCUGCCUGAUGCCAAUCCCAGGAAGUCAGCUCCAAGCAUUAAAGUGCGCUUCCCAGCUGAGACUUAUGCUCUGGCAGGACACACAGCCCAAUUAGAGUGCUUUGCCUAUGGAAAUCCAGUACCGAAACUGCGAUGGAAGAAGGUGGACGGACUGAUGCCCUCCAAGGCUGGCUCCUCUGCAGAGGGUCCCACCCUCAUCCUGCCAGAGCUCUCCUUCGAUGAUGAGGGUGUUUACGAGUGUGAAGCCUACAACUCAGAAGGAAGUGAUACAUACCAGGGACGCAUCAAUGUGCAAGCUCAGCCAGAGUGGUUGCAGGUGAUGAGUGACUCAGAGGUGGAGAUCAGUUCAGAGCUGCAUUGGAGUUGUGUUGCUGCUGGUAAACCACGACCCUCUAUACACUGGCUACGCAAUGGACAGCCACUCAGCACGCAGGACAGAGUGGAGGUGAAUGGAGCUCGUCUCAAGAUUAUUAACCUGGCCCUGGAGGAUUCUGGAAUGUACCAGUGUGUGGCUGAAAACAAGCAUGGCACCAUCUACUCCACUGCUGAGCUCAGAGUCCAGGUUCAGGCCCCAGACUUCCGAUUGAAUCCAGUACGAAGGCUUAUUCCAGCAGCCAGAGGAGGACAGGUGAUGAUCGAGUGUCGCCCUCGAGCUGCCCCAAAGCCUAGUCUGUUCUGGAGCCGUGGCACAGAGCUACUCACCAACAGCAGCAGAGUCACAGUAACUUCAGAUGGAAUCUUGUGGAUCCACAACAUCAGCAGAGCAGAUGAAGGGAAAUACACCUGCUUCGCUGAAAACUAUCUGGGCAAAGCCAACAGCACUGGUCACCUGUCUGUCAGAGAUGCUACAAAGAUCACACUGGCUCCUUCCAACGCUGACAUCAAUCAGGGGGAGAAUGUGACCCUGCAGUGUCAUGCCUCCCACGACCCAACCAUGGAUCUGACUUUCACCUGGGCCCUCAACGGGGUCCUGCUGGAUGUGGAGAACACUGCCGGGCCAUUCCAUCGGGUGGACGGGAAAGAAAACAUUGGUGACCUGUUGAUUGUGAACACUCAGCUGAGUCAAGCAGGGUUAUACACUUGUACAGCUCAGACUGUGGUGGACAGCGCCUUAGCCUCGGCUAAACUAGUGGUACGAGGACCCCCAGGACCUCCUGGAGGUUUACUAGUGAAGAAUGUUGCUGAGACAUCGGUGGAGCUGAGGUGGAGUCGUGGCUACGAUAAUCACAGUCCCAUCGGCAAAUAUAUCAUCAUGGGCCAAUCAUCAUUGUCAUCACAGUGGAAGAACAUGAGGACAGAGCCAGUAAACAUCGAGGGGAACGCAGAAUCAGCUCGUGUGAUGGGACUGAUGCCCUGGAUGGAUUAUGAAUUUCAGGUCAUCGCCAGCAACAUCCUGGGAAGUGGAGAGCCCAGUGUGCCUUCACAGACUAUUCGCACACAGCAAGCAGCUCCCACAGUGGCCCCCAGUGGACUUGCAGGAGGAGGAGGAGACCACAAUGAACUCAUUGUUACCUGGACGCCUAUGGCUAGAGAGUACCAGAACGGGGACAGCUUUGGCUACAUCCUGGCAUUUAGGAAGAAAGACGUAUUAUCAUGGACAGUGGUGCGUAUUCCUCAUGUGGAGUCAUCCCGCUAUGUUUACUACAAUGAAAGCCUGACACCAUACAGUCCCUUUGAGGUGAAGAUCAAAGCUUAUAACCGCAGAGGAGAAGGUCCGUUCAGCCAGAUUGCAGUGGUGCACUCUGCAGAGGAAGAGCCAACAGUGGGACCAUCAAACAUUAAUGCUUCAGCACUGACCGCCUUUGACAUCCAGGUUUCAUGGGAGCCUGUCCAGCAGCUGAGUGCCAAUGGCAUCCUCAGAGGAUACGAGAUCCGGUACUGGCGACAGCAUGAACGGGAAGCAGCAGCAGACCGGGUGAGGACAGCAGGAUUGGAAACGACAGCCAGAGUAUCUGGACUUCGACCCAGCACCCGAUACCACGUCGCAGUACUGGCAUACAACAGUGCUGGCACCGGGCCACCUUCGCCACGCACCACCGUCACCACCAGGAAACCACCUCCUAAUCGUCCUCCAGGCAACAUUUCAUGGAAGGCGGAUGACUCAUGGGUAAUGGUGCGGUGGGACCAUGUGAAGGCCAUGCACAACGAGUCAGCUGUGCUGGGCUACAAAGUCCUGUACAAACAUGAGGGCCAGACAGCGCUGAAAGUUCUCGACAAAGCGAAAUCAUCAGUGAGUCUACCGCUGCCAAAAGACAAUGGUUAUGUUGUGCUGGAGAUUCGGUCCUGGGGAGAGGGCGGGGAUGGGCCAGCACAUGAGAUCAUUGUGUCCAGGGACUCAGGAACUGGUAUGAUGGUACAGAACGAGGCCUCCUCUAUACUUUCCAGUCCUCUUUGCCUCUUCACAGGCUUGGUUUUCCUCACUCUUAUGUCUUUGUCAGGCCUGUAAUCUCCGCCUGUCAUCGGACUUUUUACUUUGAAUGGCUUCAAACUAAUGCCCUUCUGUGUCCCAGCCUGUGUUUUGGCUUGGGGUGCCUUCUUGCAUUUGGGGAAGGUUGUAACACUGCAGGGAUGAGAAGAAUGGGGAGGAACUUCAGAAUUGAUUUUUUUGUAAUAAAAACAAAGAGGGUCCCAAAUGGGUUACAGGGAGAAGGGGAAGCAGAGCAGCCCUCUCUGAUUUUGUGUACCAGUGUCAAUAAAAAUCAUGGGGACUGUCACAUUUUACCCCAAUAAUUUACAAUUGAAUGGGCCAAAGUUUCAAAUAUAUGUAUGCAAAAGUCAUCCCUUUGAAACGGCUGUGAGCAUCCAAAGGCUGUCCAACUGAUUUUUAACGAGGAAGUUGCAGAUUUCUUCUUAUGGUCAUCCAUUCCAAGCACAGUUCCUUCUCCAAAAACAGUCUAGUUGAGUAGUAUUUUAGGAAUAUAAUAGAUUAUGUACAUACAGUUAACAUUUUGCAAGCAACUUUAGGUUUUGUAUUUCCUGACAGCAGACAUUCCCCCCUUUGUCUGCAUUAAAGCUCAUUUCCCACAUGUACAACUUUUAACAGGAGAAAGAAGAAGUUUGGCUUUUCCAGGCAUUGUGCAAGCUUCAAACACAGCCAGGAAAGAAACCAAAUUAAGUAUAUUUCCCAAAAUGUCAAACUAGUUACUGCAUUGUAGCACCUAUUUCUAAUACUUGAAGACAUCUUAAGUAAAACCAUUUCAAAAAUGAUUGUACAUUCUAGUGAUGGUUCCCAUUACAUAGAUUUAUGAACCUACAAUUUCUGUUCUACAUUAUCACUCUUGCUUAUAUUAGUGACAGCCAUGUGAAUGUCUGGCUCUCUUUUCUCUGUAAACACACCGUUAAAUGAUCUACCCAACUGAACUUGUUGUGGUCCCUGCUGGUCUUGUUGCUCAGCCUGUGAACAAAAACUACUUAGCAUAUAUUGUGAUGAUAUAAAACAAUGUUUGUUUGUUUGUGUUUUUGCCUCACCUGUAAUUAUUAGUAAACUACAGGGCUGGUCCAAAUGAAUGUUUGUUUUUUUUAAUGUAUUUUUCCUUUUGGGAGAAAUGAAAUUGGAGGGAUAAAUGGGUUUGUAAUUAUGUGUUUACAUUUGCUGUGCCUACAUAGUUUUAGAUGACAAUGUGAUAAUGCUUCUAUUCAGUGUUUAUUGGGUUUAUUGCAGCUGAUUUUUACUGAUAGGUUGAUCUGAAAUAUCCAGGGCAGCCGGUAUGAGUCACUGAAAGAAGUUAAAGAGUCAGUUACCAAAGUUAUCAUAUCAUCAGUACAGUUAAUAGUGUUAUAAAUCAUCUUCAUUGUAAACCUUUCAACAUCUAUUAGUUUGUAUGUAACGUGUCUGCUUUAGUACAGUUAAAAGGAAGGGCAAGACCAGUUUAAUAUUCACAGGGUUGAAGGGAACUGAUGCUUUGGGUUGCGAUUAUUGGCCAAGCUUGAGGAAGAGCUGAUUUUGGUUUUGUAUAACUGCCAACAAAACAGAGUUUAUUUUAAGUUUAUUCUGUUUUCUGUUGCUGGUUUAUAUUAGCUGCCAAAAACCAACACCAGUGCAUAAAGUAGUUAAUUAUUGUGCAUUAAAAUAGGACUUUGAUGGUCCUGGAUGAGUUCCUAUGUGUUCUUUUGUUUUAGAUCUGUCGGAUGGAUCCACAUCCAUCUCGCACUAGUGUUGAUAUUUUUGAUUAUAUGGCAUCAUCUUUCCUUAACCUCACCUGUGUUUUAGUUGCUUUGACCUGAGAAUUUCCCAAAUCUUAACAAAGUAGACUAUGAGAGUUCAUCCUUGAACCUGCAAACACUGGAUUGAAAUAAUCUUUUUUACUUUUUCUAUCUUUCAACGGCAUCAUAUAGUUUUACUAAGCUUUAUUGAGAUAGAUCAGAUGUGACUUAGCUGUUGAACACACAGAACGCACUCAGCCAAAUCGAUCUCCUGGGAAAAUGUGGCAUGGUUGAAAGUCAGAGAAAAGAGUCUGGUGUUAUUUGACAAAGGGACAAAACUGAAUGAUACACAAAAUGAAACCCUACAAUUUUACAAGCAACCAAACAUCCAAACAUCAUAGUUAAGUAUUUUUAUUCAAGUUGUAGCCCUCACUUAGCCUUAUUGUUACCACUACUUUGAUAAAGUAACACACAACUGAUUUGAUUGCAGUCCGAGAAAGGAUUUCUUACAUAGAGUCUUGUGCUUGUAUAUUAGCAGAAAAAAGGAAAAACAAAGAAUCAAGGGUUGUUGAAUCACAUAAGAAAGUAAUUGAAGGAGGAUAGAAACAGAAACCAUGUGUGAACAAGCUGGUGCAUUAAACUGGAAGAUUCUUCUGUAGCCCUUUAAUUCUGGACAUCCAAAUAAACCUGUCUUCUUUUAUUUAUUAUUAUUAAUAAUAUUAUAACAAAUAUUUUAUUAUGUGUGAUGGCUUGUUUAAACAUUUUCAGUAUUAUUUGUUUCACUUUGCAAGUGGUUGAAUGAUUAGACUACUUGAUUGUAUUAUGCUGUGCUUUAUUUUGUCAGGAAAAAAAUAACUUUUCAUCAUGUGCUUCAGAAUUUAUAACAAAUGUAUUUGUUAAACUGCAGAGCAAAACAUAAUGUGUACCCUGAAUUUCAAUUUUUUAGUUUGUAGAGCUGCAGUUAUUGUCACUAUCAUCCACAUGUUCUUUGAUUAAUUCCACUUUAGUGUACAAGUGUACUGAUAUUGUUAGUCAACAAAUCUCAGGUAUUAUCAGGUCCUCCUCUUGGCCUAUAAGCACUUAAACCCAAUACACUUUUUGUUAUAGUAUCCCAUAAUGCUAUGAAUACUGACCUGGAUUAGUUCUCAGCUUCAGUGAUAAAUUAGAAGUGUCAGUUUUCUAUUCGAAUUGUUCUCAAACUAAAUUUAAAGCUCAUCACUGUUUUUCAUUCAGAUAGGUUGAGCCUCACACAGUUGCUUCAUCUUUGCACUAUAUAGUUCACAAGUUAAAAAUGCUUUUAGAACUGUUAGAUGAUGUGCAGGUUUUGUGUUUUUGUGCUUUACUACUGUCUGAAGUGUAUUUCAAAGCCUUAAGUUCUCAUUGAGGAGCCAUAAAGUCAUUUCACCAUGUCAGAGUGCUCAGUCAUGGAUGGAAUGUUCUGGCUUAAUGUUAAAGGUUACUAGUGGACUGACUGGUUUCAAGAAGAUGGUAUCAGCAAGUCUGUGUUUAAUAUGGUUGGGUUGAUGCAUUAGCUACUGUUGGCUUUGGAUCUUUUCAUACUAGUGGGAGGGGUGCAACUUGUAAAUAUAAUUUAAAAUAAACACAAUGGAAUUCUA